AUGGGUGCCGCUUAUCAGAUUUUGGGUAAAUCCGUGCCUUCUCACUACUUGUCGUUGGCCACGUUGGGUGCUGUUGUGCUCACGGUUGCCCCCAAGCCAUGGGGACCAGCUGCACCCGCGCAUCCGCAGAUUUCUGCCAGUUCACCGGAGGAGGAAAAGUACGUCAAAGAGUGGUUGGCCAAACAUGCCGAGAAGCAUUAG